AAUGGCGUCAGCUCAAUGAAAAUCGACCGUUCCUUUUGACGUACAGAAAUGUGUCUCCUUUGAAUAAGCUUAUUUUAGGGUCUGGACAGCAUGUACCAGAAGAAAUGUUUGUUUUUCCAAAAAUUACUUUAAGGCCUGAUGUCUACCAGUAUCUGAGGAAUGUAUUUCAGAACAAAGAGCUGGUGGCUGCAGUGGGCCAGGUUGAGGCGGAGCGGAGGUUUGAGGAGCUGCUCUACCGCCUGUCCCACCCCCCCUCCUUCACGUGUGUACGGGCCAGCACCCACCUGGCCCCCCUCAACACCAUCAGAGAGCGGCUGUUGGAGGAGCUCAGAGAGCAGAUGAGCUGCCACUAUCCUGGGGACAUUCCCAUUCUGUCUCACACACAUGUUCCAGAUGUUUUACUCCUUCCUGUCAUCGGGCCCAGGCCCGCCCUGCCACAGAACCCGGAGGUGAUUGUGGGUGCUCUUUGCGGGAACGCCGUGCUGCGGGGGGCUCACGUCUUCGCCCCCGGAAUCCUCUCCACGCCAAAGUACAUGAAGGCCGGGGACCUGGUGUCUGUCUUCUCUGACAUAGAGGGAAAGUGCACACGAGGAUCGAAGGACUUUCAGGGGAAGAAGGUGUUCUUGGGAAAUGGAAUCUCUGAAAUGGGACGCAGCGAUAUAUUCUGCUCGGAUGAACCUGUCAAAGGUGUAGGUGUCAGGAUGGUGGAGCCCGUGUACCUCAGCCCUUCCUUUGACAAUCUUCUCCCCAGUCUGGUGUUUCUGCAGAACCUGCCUUCAGUAGUGGUGGGUCACGUGCUGGGCCCGCAACCCGGGGAGAGAGUGCUGGACAUGUGCGCCGCUCCAGGGGGGAAGACCUCGCACAUUGCGGCCCUGAUGAAAGGACAGGGAGAGGUAAUUGCUCUGGACAAGAUCAGAAACAAGGUGAAGCGUAUCCGCCAGAACGCCCAGGCAUUACAGCUGGACUGUGUCAAGGCUUACUGUUUCAACAGCAUCCAGGCUGUGUGCAGUGACCAUGCCCAGAAGCCCGACGAAGGUCCUCCAUUCCCCGCGGAGAGUUUUGACCGAGUGCUGUUGGACGCUCCGUGCAGCGGGCUGGGACAGCGUCCCAAUAUGGGCUGCUCCUGGAGCCUGCGUGAGAUAACAUCCUACCAACCAUUGCAACGGAAGCUCUUCCACACGGCGGUGCAGCUGCUGAAGAAAGGGGGUGUGCUGGUGUACAGCACCUGCACUGUGACCCUGGCGGAGAAUGAGGAGCAGGUGGCCUGGGCGCUGGACACAUUCCCCUGCCUCAGCCUGCAGCCACAGGAGCCUCACAUCGGGGGAGAGGGCAUGCCGGGAGCGGGGCUGUCGCUGGAGCAGCUGCGCCUGCUCCAGAGGUUCAGCCCCGUCCAGGAGCAUGGCGGUGCGACGGGGGCCCCCGCUGCCCCCCUCACCGCCGCCGCGGAAGGAGACCCGGCCCGCCUCCUGCGGCAGGCCAACACGGACACCAUCGGCUUCUUCAUAGCCAAGUUCCUGAAGACCUGACCGUUUACAGCGCUCGCUGCUGCAGCCGGCACAUUCCCGCGCGCCGCACCAUAUUUAGCGCCAGCUUUCAUAAACAGAGGCCGAGAGAGAGCGAGCGAGAGAGAUGGAGAGCAGGAAUGAGAGAGCGAGCGAGCAAGAGAGAGAGAGAGCGAGAGCUGGUGAAUGCAGUCCUGCUGCCGUUGCCAUAACAACAGUGACGACACAGCUGCCAUGGCGACAGCAGAUUUGCUGGCUCUUCGGACGCAGAUCGGGAAGUAGUGUGCUGAAAGAGGUCACGAGAGGUAGUAACAAUUUACUGGUCGAAUCGGUCCUCCUUUCAGUGAUAUCUGAUAAAAACAAAGACCUGCUCGGUUAUUUUUGCCCGAAGGAGAAGCUCUUUGGAGGACCUCAAUUAUUCAUUACUUACAUGCAGGUCUGCACAUGUAUGAACUUUCAUAUGUUCUCUGUGGACUCUAACAUACAUUGUUAAUUGUUAAUGUC